AGUGUACGCGGGUUCUUCCAACACAGAACGAGAACAGAUGAAGAGGUAUCGCUGGUUUGAAGAAUGAAGUAUCAACAGAACACAGCAAUGUCUGAGAUUCUUAACAACAAUCUUGUUUUUGGUGGUCUGGUAGCGUGUGCCGUGGGUGUAUUGGGCAUCUCGUAUAUCUACCUUCAGAGAGAAAAACGCAAGUUCACUCAGGUUGGAGUGGUGUCUAAACUCUUUAUUCAUCCAAUCAAAUCAUGUCGAGGAUUGGAGGUUUCUCAGGCUGAGUGCGUUGCUCUUGGAAUCAAGAAUGAUGGAGUCAUGGAUAGAUCCUUUCUUAUCAUCUGCCCUGAAGGAAGGUUUGUGACUCAGAGACAGCAGCCAUCUAUAGCAUUGAUAUCACCCUCUGUCUCAGAAGACAAGGAAAGUUUGUUGAUCAAUGCUCCUGGUAUGCCAACUCUUAAGGUCCCUCUCAAAGAUGAGAACGGACAGACUGGACAUAUCUACGAUGUCAAGUUGUGGCGUUUGAGGGUACAAGGUGAAGACUGUGGUCAGGCAGCCAGUGAUUGGCUGAGCCAGUAUCUUGGAACCCCUGGUCAUAAAUUGUUACGUCAUUCUAAGAGGUUCAAAGGAAAGGAUAUCAUCAAAGACUCUCUUUGGGGAAUCAAGGGAAGGCGAGGAGAAAGGUCAGCUUACCAGGACCUUGCUCAUGUCAACAUUUUAAGUGUAUCUUCCCUGGAUAGCCUGAAUUCGAAGUUAGAAAAACCAGUUCAGUUUAGAAACUUCAGACCAAACAUUGUCGUAGAAGGAACACCUGCGUUCGGUGAGGACAACUGGAAAUACGUGAGAAUUGGUGAAGAUGUGUCCUUGAGGAAAACACAUCGUUGUUACAGAUGUCGUCAGACCACUGUAAACCCUGAUACAGGAAAGUUUAUGGAAAGUGGGGACCCGUUAAAGACUCUCAAAUCAUACCGGAUGUCUUCCGAUGAUGAUCCAGACAAGAAUCGCUAUGGUGCCUCUCCUCUGUUUGGCAUCAAUCUUGUUAUCGAAUCACGUGGUUCCAUCAGGCUCGGGGACCCUGUCUAUGCAAGCUUGACCUAAAAUCAGGAGUCAGUAUCUCUUAACUCACCAAACUCGUAUUUCGACAUCACUUA